UAUAAAUACCCUGUAAAUUUAGCCAUUUAGGGGUUUAUUGUGUAAAUUUAAUAUUUUAAGUUUAUUGGUUGGAAUGUAACUGUAUAAAAAAAUAUUACUGUAUAAUGAUACAUUGUAUCAAUAAAUGUAUUAUUUGGUUUAUUUUGUUGUCUUCUUUGAUAGAUUUUAACAUAUUCUGUAAUUUUAAAUUAAUAUAUCGCAUUAACUCCACUUUAAUAUCCAGUAACCGAUCAUACUUUAAGAGAAUUCCAAUAAGUAGUUCUAAACAAGGAACAUCAGAUAGAAUCUUUUAUAAACAAGAUAUCAUAAAUAAAUCGUAUUCAUUUAUCAAUAACCCUGUUUGUUUAUCUCACAAUGAGUUUGUACUAUACGCAAAUAAGCCCAAACCAACGAAAAAAGGCACUGCUCCAAAACCUAAAGCAGGAGGCAAGGCUUCUUCGAAAGGAGGUGGGAAAUCCACUCAAAAAGCUGGUGGGAAGGGGGGUGGGAAAGGACCCGGAAAAGGAGGAACAAAGGCUAAAGCCUCUAAAGCUAGUGCUAAAAAGAGUAGUCCAACGAAGGCUGAGUUAGCUAUGCUAAGAGCAAGAUCAAAGGCUAAGAGGGAAAAACAGAGAAAGGAACACAUAUUUGGAAGAGCAAAAGUAACUUUAGAACAAGAGGAUCAGGAGGAAUUGGAGAAGGAGUAUCGAAAAAGAAUUGCAGUCACAGAUACUCCAUCAUACACCCAAAAAUUGUCAAUAGAUUUAAUAUUAGACCAAGCGAAGCCUUAUAUGUCAUUGUUUGAUGAAGAAAUUGUAACUAAAAACGAUCUUUUGGGGUUCGAUAUGCCAUACGGAUUGGUCCCUAGAGAAAGAUAUGAACUUUGGAAACUAUGUGGUCGAAUAAGUGACCCGUGUGCUCCAUUUAGUUCACAGUCCUUGACCACCCGCAUGUUUGUUCAAAGAUUGUUCGGACAUAAAUAUGAAAUAACGAGGGAUGAUUUUAAUUAUAAAAUCGAAUAUAAAAUGAAGUUUUACACACCAGGAUACGGUGAUAUCUUCUUUAUGGAUAAAAUUCGAUGUUGGAAAGCAUAUUAUCUAACUAGAGAUUAUCAAUAUGGGUCCGAAGAUUUACCCACCUAUACAACAAUGUACCCGAUAGCGAGACCUGAAGAUAAUGUGCCACUCAGCACUGUAAUGUUGGCAGUAAAUGCCGAGAUUAACCGCCAAGGUGUACACCCGUCUCUUUUGGAUAUGCUGUGGGACUUUUUCAAUAAAUCCACCUCAGCUAAUAGUGACUCAUCUGACGAGAGUAACGCUUUGGAUAAAGUUUUGAACAGAGAUGUUGUAACAUAUAAAUUGAAUUGGAUAAUUGAGAGGCUGGAGAACAGGGAUGAAGGCGAAGGAAUAUCACCAGAUAACUUCUAUAGGAUAUUUUACGAAAAAGCCAAGGAGUACAUCAACAACUUCGAUAUGGACUCUUUUAUAAGAAAUCAACUGAAGAACCUACACAUCAUUGACACACACAAAAUGAUCCUGAUGAAUAAUAAAGCACUGAGAACGCGUAAUAAAAUUUUAAGAGAGGCAUAUAACGAGGAUUUGAAGAGCUUGUAUGCAGCACGAAUACCCAGGACGUAUAAGAGAUACGAGAGAACGAGGCUGGCAGGGUACUACAAUAUGUUAAAUCAUAUGUAUGAAAUGAGAGAAAGGAGGAAGGUGUGGGUAAAACCGGAGAAGCCAAAGCCAGAAGUGCCCUUGACCCCUGAGGACAAAUUUUUUGAAAAGGAAUUUAAAAAGUACGCCCUGAUGGAUAAAAGAAAAGCACAACAGAAAAGAAGAGAAGCAAGAAGGAAAAAAAAGAAAAAAUAAUCUGGCCCACAAGAAUACACCUUAUUAUACAUAGAUAUAUACAAAAACGGUUUAAAAUAAAGCUUCAUGAGAAGUUUGAAUAUAAUGUGCCAAAUAUUUGUUUGAUUAUUAUAUUGGAAUCCAG